AUGCAGCCAAGUGAAAUUGCCAUCCCGUUGGGCUGCCUGUCAUUGCUGAUCGUAGUUACUAACAGCUGUGUGUGCCUCUUGGUGUAUUUACAUCCCAAGCUAAGGACUUACACCAAUGGAUUCGUUGUGUCCCUUGCAGUGUCAGACAUACUCACAGGUGCCCUCCUUUUGCCUUUGUACAUUGCUUUGCCAAUGCACCCUGUCACAGGAUACAUCGUAAGCGCUAUUUUGCUUACGGGGGUCGCCAAUGUUUUUUUAGUGACUUUAGACAGAUACCUGGCUAUAAAAAAACCUUUUAAUUACUAUGCCGUCAUGAGGAGAUAUUUCUUCAAAUUCAUUGUAGGUUCUUGGAUUGUUCCUUUGUUUGUGUCAAUCAUUCCUCUCAUUUGGGGGUCAAAAGACAAUAUACUAGCUCAAACAAUCUACAUGUUUAUGCUACAAGGUAUGGGCGUUGUUGUGCCGUAUUUAUUUGUGUGUAUAGCCUACUACCAGAUCUUUCAGCAAGCUAGGCAUAUUGUCAAGCGUUUACGACGAGAUAGCAGUCUCGGCAGCUGGCGAGGCAAACGGGACAACAAAGAUAAACUGAAGAAAAACUCUAACAGCACGAUGGCUUCAGAGACAAAAGUUGCCAAGAUGUUUGCACUGAUAUCUAUUUCCUUCCUCUUAAGUUGGACGCCAGUGUUAUACUUGACCAGCGUUAUGUUUGCAAUCACUGAUAGAAACACUGUGGAAAUGUUAUCGCCGGUGUGGCUUUUGGAAUUCUCUUUGUUUACUGUCGCACUGGGCUCUGCGGUCAAUCCAAUAGUCUACUCUUUCUUCAAACCCGACUUCCGGGGCAUUAUCAAAAAAAGAUUUCCUAACCGAACUCCUUCGUCAACUCUGAAACAGGAUUCAACAUAUGUUAUUGAUGUUGCUGUGAUAGUAAAGAACCUUAAAAAUGAAAAACAUGGCAAAGAAACCGACCUAUGAGAACUGUGAAUAUAACGCUUGGAAUUCAUCAAACAGAACCAAACUCCGCCUUAAGAUAACUCUAGUAUGUGUGUGAAAAGAAUUUGUUAUUUUCUAGUUUCGCUGUCACUAAUUGAUUCCAAACCAGCCAAAAUACUUAGUAAAUACUACUAAUCAAACAGCCCGUUACAAGACCGCCGCGGGCAUGAACAAUUAGUCCUAUCACCACUUAAUGACUUAAUCCAUGAAUAUUUUUUCACUUUCAUUAAAUCAACAGUUAUGUAACUUAUGUUGGAAAAAUUAGUUUCACAGGACUCGGCGGAUGCAUGAUUCGUGAGUUUUGUCUGACAACCAGAUGUUGCAUAUAAUGGUACUUAGCAAUUUUUUGGAAAAACGUGAAAAGGAGCACGACAUGGCAUGUGACACUGUUCCACUUUUAUGAUUAUCUUUAUGCUUACGAGAAAACUGGUAUCAACAAGUGGCAGAUAUUUAAUUAACAUCGAUAUGGAUCAUCGAAGUGGCUGAAAUCCGUUCAAUAGAUUUGAUGUGGUGCUUACUCGCCAUAUGAUGACUUGAGAUACGGAAAUGUUAGCCUUAUCUUUUAACACCCCAACCCCUAUAAAAAAGUAAAAGAUGCCGGAUAAAAAUUCCGUUUGUUCUUGUUGUCAUAAUCGGUUUAAGGAAUUCUUGCCCCGUGCGUCGCUUGAUGUAACUAUGGUGGGAGGGGGAGCAAAGGUUAGAUAAAACAACGAGAUUCAAAAUAUGCGCAUGCAACCGGUAAGAAUAGUAAACCAAAGAUGGAUAGCUACCAAGAAAUACACAUAAGAAGAAAAAAUUAAAUCAGUAACAUCACAGUGUAUUUUAUAGAGAGACAGAUAUCGGAAAAUGGUGGCAAUGAUUAUUUACAGUGAAAUAACAAUUGCAAUGAAAAAAAAUCCAAUUUAAACUUUAUUCUUACAUCUAAGAUGACCGUUAACUGAGCUUCGUUUGAUGCAUCUGUUUAUUAUUCAGUAAUAGUUAAAAAUAUAUCUAAGACUGAAUUGUUAUAUUAAACCAACUUGAUUUCUUCAAGUGUAUAUUUAACCCUCAAAGCUAGCAAUUGAAGGUCUAUAAAUUGAUGGAUUGAUCGAUUAACCGAUUCAUCGACAAGGUAAGAAACGACUAUAUCAAUCAUUUCAGCUCGUGUUUGAAAACGAGGGUUCUUGACAACUCGUUACAACAACCACGUCUAGCUUUUUUUUAUCACUAUGAAACGUUCUUCUUGGCACGUUUACAGCACAUCAAAUUACCUGUACCGAAUUGGGUAAAGCCGAAGAGAAGGUAGAGCGAUAUGCUAAGUUGCUGCACAUGUUUUGUUCGCUUAGAUAUUCUGUGGCCUACCUAUGAACACAUUUCGUUUAUUUUGCAAAUUUUCAUCUUAAGAGGAAAAAAAUCGUCCACCAUCUGCACCACAAUCAAUCUUUUCUUGGCUAUGGUAAACACUUGAACAAAGGAUGAAAGAAAAUAGGUAAUUCCACAGAGAUGUAAGUUUCCAAAUUUUAAAAACUAGCCAUACUACUUAAGAAACAUUUCCAGAGACCGACGCAGUAAAAUAACGAUCUAGUUAGCCAACAAAAAAUUAGGCAUAUUCUAAUUAUCAACUUGAAUUUUUAUUGGCCAAGAAUUUGAUCAUACCCGUUUGCGAAUGUGAUAAAUUAAGACAAGACAUUCUAAGAUCUGAGACGAUCACCUCCAAAUUAUUCACUAAUAAUCAAGUGGCUUUCGCUUUUUAAGAGAAAGCUAAUUUAAGAGAUACUGAAAAUUCAAAAUUAAAUGAUUGUCGCAAAUGUUAUUCGCAAUUUGCGGCAUGAGUUCAACAAUACACAGCUACAAUUAUCUUUAGGAGCGUAAAGAAAGCCGCCAGGCAACAAAAACAUUUUUGAGAAAAAAGGAGUCUUCUUUGCAACCUUGCUUUCUUCUAUUUCUUUACUUUAAAUCAUUUUUCUUUUUAUAAUGAAGAUCAGUUCUUUAUCUGUGUGAUCAAGUGUGGAGGUGAACAUGACCUUUAGCAUGAGAAGUGAUCAUCCUGCAGAAACGAUUGUUUUAAUAAACAUCGUUACAUUAUCGCCUCUUUCACCUGAGCGGGCCAUUGAUUUUCACGCAGAAUUUUGUGGAAUCUUAGCCCUUAAACUCUUCAACAUCUUUCAUUUUUCACAGAACUGAUUUUAAUUUCGCCUACAAUUCGCUUCCUCUAAUUACAAAUUACACUCGUACGUGGUUCAGCUGCUGUAAAGUGUAUAUUUGUAAUAAGGUAUACCAAUAGAAAUCAAGGUGGUUUUCCAGUGGAAAGUGGGCAAUAUUGAUGCGGAAACACAACAGGCUUUCGACUUCCCUUCGUUCCUGUGACUCAUGAUGGUGUUUUGCAUAAACGAGGAAAACAUUACCGAACGUUUAUCUUGGUUUUCGCCUAAGUAUGCCCAUUAGCUCUCUUCGUAUGCAAAACAAGACUGUACUUAAGUGUAUUUUAAUGAAUAUAAUGUACUUGCUCUAUGGCUAGUCUCUUCAUACUGAAGAAAGCUUUGUAUGUCAUUAACGAAUCUUAAUUGCUCUUUAGUGCAUUUCAAAGCGUUGAACAAGAAAAUAAAUAUUGUCUCAUGUUUAUGCGACUGAGUAGCACCACUGAAGUGGUUGGUUAGUUUUCUUUUUCAAAGGGCAAUUAAGAUUCAUUUCCGAUCUCAAUGUUUGUUGUAGAUUUCUCAAUAAUUGGUUUUCAGGAUCGAGAGGUUGCACAAAACGUGAUAGGAGUAUCAACACCGCAAAAAUAUCCGUAAAAGUAACCAGUGCAAAUGAAAGUAAGAAAUAGUACUUUAAUCAGGCAAACUGAAUGCAUCCAGGAUCUUGUAAAGAGUUGUGGUGGAUUUCAAUUGUACACUCGGAAGCCUUUAUUGCUUUUUAAUGAGCUCUCGUGGGACGUUACAAUUUAUUCAUAAAGGAAGGAAAACCAACAACAUUGAAAUCAUUGCGGUACUACGCUCAGCACGGGAUUAGGAAACUAUCAAAGAUUUUCAAGAUUGUAGAUUGUAGAAUAUAUUCAUCGCUUGAACACCUACGAGAGACAACCACAAAGUCGGGAAUAACCUUGGUACUGGUGAUCAAUGACAACAAAGUGCUACCAUAGUCAACUCUUCGGCAAUUUUAUCGCACCAAAACAAGCUGCCCACAGAGUUGAAUACGUUUAUUAGGAAAACACAAAAGGAAGACAAUUAUAGAAGUCAGCGCUGCAUCAAAACGUGCUCUGCCGAAAAAUGGCUGAAACUGAUCACAACGCGGAUUUUGUGGUAGUAUCUCUGAGCAUUCUUUCAAUUCUCAUCGUUUUAUCGAACCUUUGCGUUUGCCUCUUGGUUUAUUUCAAGAAAGAUCUUCGAACCAACACCAAUUGGCUAAUGGUGUCACUCGCCGUGUCGGACAUUUUAACAGGAGGAGUUUUGCUGCCUGUCUACCUCAUCAAGCCUUCUUCGAUUAUAACAGGUUAUUUAGUGUGUAUGAUAUUGCUCUCUGGUGUUGCAAAUCUAUGCACUGUGACCUAUGAUCGAUAUGUUGCCAUAAUGAAGCCACUGGAAUACUCAUAUCGGGCGCCUAAGAAACUCAAAAUAGGUCUCGCACUUUCGUGGGUGCUUCCAGCAAUUUACUCCUUACUCCCUCUGUUUUGGGAAACUGAUUCAACUCGAAUAAUACAUAGGGCAUAUAUGGUCUGCAUGAUGUUUUUCGGCAUCAUCCUGCCUUACAUCUUCAUUACGUUUGCCUACGUACGAAUGUUUAAGCAAGUUCGCCGAAGCCUGACAAUGAAAAAGAAUUUGGAUUCUCUUAGAGUGCACAAGAACGAACGAAAACGAUUGCAUUCUGAAGCCAAAGUAGCCAAAGUUUUCUCCAUAGUUGCUUCAGCUUUUCUACUCUGCUGGCUACCAAUCGUCUACAUAACAACUGCAGACAUCAUCUUUAAUAGACCUAACAUCAUCCCAUAUGCACUGUCCAUUAUUUCCUUUUUCACCAUAGCAACCAGUUCAUUGGUAAAUCCACUUAUGUACGCGUUUCUGAAACCAGAUUUCAAGAAGGCCAUCCGGACUUGCCUUCGUGAAUGCACUCGUAAAGAAACAGCAUCCACCAUUCGCAAUCUUCCUCUGGCCGCUUUAACCAUUGGAGGACGCGAGAGGAUAUACGAAGCAAAAUUGCCUAAUAACAUUUCAGCAAAGACCGAGGAAUUAUUAUCCAAAGAAAAUAAUGACUCU